GUUCAAAUGGCAGAUAUAAUGACAGCUCUUCAUUACAUUUUAACGGCAGAAAUACCACGAAAAGCGAUCAUGAAAGGCGAAAAUCUUACCGCUUUGAAACAAUGGGUGCAUGCUUUAAAAAUGGCAAACAAUUGGAUCAAGGACGUGCCAAAUGAAGUCACGGCUGAGCAAUGGUUGGCUAAAGUAAAAGAGAUUCAGGAACAGCUUGGUCACCCACUUCCGAAAAAUACCACAUACAUGGCAUGUCGCGGAUCAAAACCACAUCUUCGUGGAUUUUCCUGUGGAGUAUGGACAAUCAUACAUGCGAUGAGUGCUCAAGCGUAUAAACUCGAACAAAAUAGGGAUGGUGUUUUAUGGCUUUGGAGGACGCAUAAUAUUGUCAAUAAAUUCAUUGCAAAAACACCAACCGAUGAUCCGGCCUUCCCGAAACACCAAUUUCCAUCAGCUUCACUUUGUCCAAGUUGCCGUAAAGCAGAUGGCGAAUUCGAUGAAGCAGCAGUACUGAAUUUCUUGGUCAAUUAUUACGGUGACCUGAAAGCAGAUGGUCUUAUGGUGAGUCCUUUAACAACACUACUCGAACAAAUUGAUCAGCUACUUUUUUUCCAUUUUUUUUUCUCUUUGGUGCCAACAACAACCACACGGUGGCAAGAGUCCUCCUCUUCCGAGGGUUGUUUACAAGCAGACUGGGGGCAGUUUUGACU